AUGCCUCCCAAAAAGAAAGGCGGCGGAAAAAAAGGAAAGGGAAAAGGCAAGAAGGGAAAGAAAGGAAAGGGAAAGAAGGGGGUGGACGGAAAAGCACUGGUUCCUGUAGAAACAAUGUCAAAUCAGGAGCUGAUAGAGUAUAUAAAUGGUUUGCGAGAGGAGCUGGAGAGGGAACGAGAAGAGAGGAAUUAUUUUCAGCUAGAGCGGGAUAAAAUUAACACUUUUUGGGAGAUCACUAAGCGGCAGCUUGGGGAGAAAAAGACGGAAGUGAGAAACAGAGAGAGGGAACUGGAGAAUGCAGAAGCGAAACAUCAGAAUGAGAUUAAGGCGUACAAACAGAAGGUGAAGUACCUGCUGUACGAACACCAGAGCACCAUCGCCCAGAUUAAAGCAGAGAACAUCGUCAACAUGAAGACCAUUGAAGACCGGCUCACUCUGACAGAGCUGGAGUUUCGGAAGGAUAAACGAGCCCUGAAGCUUGAAGCUGCGAGGACAAGAAACGGCCCAUUCUCAUGUUGUACAGGAUCUGAAGAAGAAACACGAUGCACACGUUACAAAUCUUCACCUGGAACAUAA